AUGGUUUUGCCGCAAACUGUUGUCAUUCCGGAGCAUACCCUGGACUACUUGGCUAAUACAUAUAUAUUGUGUAUGUCGCCGAGCGAUCGUAAAGAUACGUAUCGUAUCUGCAUCCAAAUGAGAAAAGCAUACUGGUACUACUUGGAUCAUAUUUGUUCUACGCCCCCGCAGAAGUAUACCCUGAAGAAAUUCAUGCUUGAUCUCUUCAAACACGUCCCAUUCCUGAAACGCAAGAAGAAAUGGAUCGACGGAAUGUUGACGAAAUUCUCAAAUCGGCAGAUGAACUUACCCGUGAAUGGCGCUAUUAUAUUAUCGCAGGAUUUGACGCACGUACUGCUGGUGGAAUCAUUCACGGGGAAAUGGGGAUUCCCCAAAGGCAAAUCGGAGGAUAAUGAGGACCCGUUCGCUUGUGCCGUCCGCGAGGUUUACGAAGAGGUCGGUUACACGAUAAAAGCCGAUGUCGGCCAGUUGGUCUACAUAGAGAAGAAACACAGAAGAUUUGCUGAAACAGAGAGACGGGAAAAGAACGGCGGUGAACGAUCGGAGUCACCAAUUGAACAGGUCUUGAUUGAGUUAUCAGAGAGGGGCAGUAUAUAUGACAAGUUAAUAAAGUGGUUGCCCCUUGCGGUUAAGUCUAGUGGCGGCGGCGAUGUCAGCAAGGAAUACGCGAGACGUCGAAAAUCAAAUAAAUAA